AUGCAGUUUCUCCUGGCGCUCGUGACGUCGACAUGGAUGGCGUUCUUUGCGUCGCCUCCAUUCGUCUCAAGUGCUAAGAUUGAUCCAAAGGAUAAAGGUGAGCCAUUAUUUCCCAAGGGACAUCCUAAUAUCACGUACUUGACCGACGAGAAUUGGGAUCAACAUAUGAAGAAUAAAUCGGAUAAACCGUGGCUUGUGAAUUUUUAUCAUCCCUUUUGUCCACAUUGUAAAUUCUUUGCACCUGCUUACGUGAAUCUUGCAGCGUAUUACACGGAAAAGGGUAAUUUAUAUCUCGGUGCAGUGAGUUGUAUGGACCAUGUAAAAUGUCGUCGCGUGGAGAUUACGGGCUUUCCAACGCUCAUGGCAAUUAAUUUUGACAAAAGGUAUCCAAAUAUGGAAAACAAGCGAAUUGUUGGUACUUAUACAGUGAUAGAGAUCAAGGAGUACGUAAACAGUGUGUUUGCUGAAGCAGAUUUUAAUGAGACAGGUACGUGGCCACCAGGUUACAUUCCUCCACAGAACAAGACAAAGGAAAAGGAGGAUGCUGCGGCGAUUGAUGAUGCAUCAAGGCCACCUCUCUGGGAAGAAUCGACGCUACCAAUGAAUCAGACUACACGUAUUCAAGAUGCAGCUUCUGCCUUUGUUUUUGGACUGAAACAAGGUGCAUUUAUGGCAAGUGAUGUCAUGGAUGAUGAGGAAUUUGAUGCUCUCAAGGGGUGGUUAAAAAUGGUGUCAAAGACAUUUCCUGGUGCAAUUAAUCGUAAAUUGAUCACAUCGCUGUACGAGAAGGUGAAGGUCAAGGAGUUGCUGGACUUUGAUACGUGGGAUGCAAUUGUCAAGGCAUGGCAGAAGGGAUCUGUUGCCGCUUUUAAAGCUGAGGAAGCUCGGUAUGAUUAUACGGGAGUUGACGUUCCCGAGUGGCAGAGGUUGAAUGAUUUGUUUACCGGACAAGGCGCAACGUAUCGUGCAUGUGCGCUGUACACGUGUGGCCAGUGGACCAUGUUUCACAUGCUGACUUUGAACCCGCCUGAGACAGGAGCACGAACAGGCGAACUCAUGGUAUCAGUGGCGGCAUCAAUCCGUCGUUUCGUGAAGCACUUUUUUGGUUGUGUUGACUGUCGCGAUCAUUUUUUGAAGGAGAACACCGUGGCGGUUGUGAAGAAGAUUAAAGAUACUGAGGACAAGCCGCUGGCGCUGCGUCGUUGGCUAUGGGAGCAGCACAAUUCUGUGAACAAACGCCUUAAUCACCCGCUGUGGCCAAAGCCUGAGAUUUGCCCGACAUGCGGCACUGAAGGUCGUUGGGAGAUGGUGGAAGUGGACAAGUGGCUAAGCCACACUUUUGGGUAUCGUGAUGUUGUUGUGCCUUUGGUGAAGGGUGCAGAGCAGGCUGUAGAUGCUGUUCCUCCAGUGGUAGCCUUGCGUUACGAAGCUGAAGAAGAGGCAGAGGCUCCUUCGAUCGCUCAAGCAUCAAAAACAGAAGCCAAGGAGACUGCUGCCGUGGAAGAGUCGAAGUUGAAGACAGAAGUCAAGGAGACUGCUGCCCCGGAAGAGUCGAAGUUGAAGACAGAAGCCAAGGAGACUGCUGCCACGAAAGAGUCGAAGUUGACGACAAAAGUGCCCGUUUUACUAGAGCCUAAGGGAGGUGAUGCAUACCGUCCUAAGGAUGCAGAGCUUGGUAUCAAGAAUGCAGCCAACACGAAGGAGCUUGUUGUGAACAUGAAGCAUGAGCUAGAGGACGGUUUGCAGGGCAUCACAGCACCCCCCGUUACACUAUUUGCGUGGUACAUUCUUCCUGUCGCAGCCGUGGGCGGCUACUUGCUCUUUGUGCGCUACCGUGCCACGAAGCAGAAGGCAUUCCGUCAGGUUCAGCGUAAGUGA